GAAAGAGAAAAAUUGAUAAAACAUACUAAUCAUAUGUUCCAUUUGAAUAUUAGAAAAACUAAAAAGAAAUAUAUGUUACUAAAUAAAUAAAUAAUAAAACAAAUAAAUAAUCAUCCAGGGGCCCUUUAAUUCUUUUCAGUCAACAGAGAAUAAUUUCGUCUUACAAAAUUAUGUAAUUUAUAAGGUAGUUUUAACUUCAAAAUGUUAAUAAAGCCUGGAUAUUAAGUGAUACUUCUUUUUGCCACAAAAACUUUUUUUCUGUGCCACAAUUUUCCGCACAGUCCAAAUAAACUUAUAUCAAAUUUAUUUAAUGCUAAAAGUGAGUUCACUGUAAGUCAAACCAGUGCAAGAACAGUUUUUACAUUUCAAAGAGAAAAGCUGUCAUAAUGGAGCAUGAACUCCUUUACUUUCUCCCCAUUCCCUUUUCCCAUCCCAUCUUUCAUGGGUAAUUGCACAAGCGCACACUCACUGCUUUUGUGCACGGGGCUUAAUUUGUUAUUUGAGUACUGCCACUGAAAAGAUGGCAGCCCAGGCUUAGUGUACACAAACACUUUCACAGUAAAUGACUUUCAAAGCUUUAUUAUUACUACAGUUUAACCACUAUUAACAAGGCCCUGGCUCUUUCUAUUGGGAGACUGUAUGCUGCGCGCUAUCAUAUUACUCAAUCUGACAUUAUUAUUUGCUCCCAAUUAUGCAGACAUCAUUGGUAGACAGAAUCAGAGUGUGGAUUUGAAUCAUAAUGUAGAUCCAACGAAUGAAAGUGUCACUUGAUUCUAGUUCAUUUUAGAAGAGAAGUCUUCAUAACUAUCCCACCAGCUGAGCCAGCAAAGAGGACUGACGCAGGAGGAAAAUAUAAUAGAGUAAAACACGCCUAAACAUCUUGACGAAGUGCAGGUAAAUCCCAAGACCCAUAUCAUAUUUUAUAGAACAAAGUAACACACCAACAGUUGGAGUUAUCUUUCAUUUAUCAUAAAUCUGUGCACAGACACAAAAAAAAAAAAGCAUAAAAUUAGUUUCAAAUUUCCAUCCCUUCACGGAAAAUAACAAACAUUCAAAACUAAACUGAAAAGGACAAAAAUCCCAACUCAAAAGUCAUCUUAAUAGGAGGAGACAACAUGCAGUGUACAAUGCAGACAUUCCUGACGUAGAGAGAAAAAAGGAAAAAAAAAACUUGCACCAAUCAUAUCAAGAAGAAAUCUUAUGUGUACCCCACCAGUGGCAGCAUGUCUCUGAGCAAGGAACUGGGCCACACCAUAAAGGAGGAGUUACUGGUCUGCAAGAUCUGCCUGGAGAACUUAACCAACCCCAAAUCCCUGCCAUGCCUCCACACCUUCUGUGAGGCCUGUAUUGGAUAUUACAUGGAACGCCACCGCUCCACCGACCAUCGCAAAUUCUCCUGCCCGAUCUGCCGACGCCAGGUGUUCGUCCCCAAGAACGGCGUGGAAGGGAUUCCUGACUGUUUCUUCGUGACAAGCCUGUCGGAUAUCAUAGCGCAAACAACCAUGGAGAACAUAUGUCGUAUUUGUAAGCUCCAGCAAGUGACUAAGAAGGCGGAGAAGGUGUGUGUGGAGUGCUGUAUCAGUUUGUGUGCCGACUGCACUACUCUCCACCAGGGGACGCCUCUGAUGAAGGACCACACUUUCUUACCAGUGCUUGCAGAAGGUAAUUAUUAGUACAAGAUGUAAAAUUUUCUCUCUCGAGUGAGAGCACAGUAACUGCUAUCUAACAAAGUGUUGGAUUUUGUGAUGGUAAUUGUAACAAGCUGUGAGAGAUACUGUAACAGGCUGUAGAACUAUAACAGAAAUUGUUAUAACAGUACUGUUGUUGAGCAAGCAGUUACUGAAAAUU